GCUGUGCCCGGGGCGGCUGCCAAAGGGGAAGUGAGCUAGGGCUGGAGCGAUGGCCCGGGUCUGGAGCCUGCGGCCGCCGCCGCCGCCGCCACCGCCAGCGCGUCCUGAGCAGCCGCGGCCGGAGCAGGGGCCGGAGGUGCGGCUGGACUGGCCGCAGCGCGUGUGAGUUGCGGAAGUCGCCGGUGGCGGAACACCUCCCACUCGGAGCACUUCGGGCUGACCGAGCGGCGGUCGCCCCUCAGCACCGCGCCCCCCAAGGCCCUGACAGCAGGGCUGGGGUUUCCCCAGGCUCCAGCUCCUCUCUCGCCGGUCUUUCAAACUCAGGACAGAAGCCACAAAAAGGUGAUCAUCCCGAAUCCCAGCCGGCUUCCUGCCUGGGCGUGUUCUAAGUGCCCAGGCUGUGUCAGUACCCUCUCCUGUCGCCACCUCUCCAGCCUAGGAUUAGCGAAUACUCACUGCCUGCUCUGCAAAGUCUCUUGUUCUCGAAGUUUAUUUUCCCUCUACACUGGGAAUCUUAUCCCAGAGAUCCAAAGUACCUUAGUUUUGUGUAUCUUUUCUCAGCUUCUGGAGCACUCCUAGAAAUACUGGCUGCCUGCAGGGCUAAGAAUCUUGUUCUUGACUUAGCGGGUGGUUUUGUUUUGUUUUAUUUUCCUUUUGGCAGUUGUUGUUCUAGGAAUUUGUCCAUUUUGGAUCACCAGUUCCUUGGCCACCUCUAUGUAACUUUCCCCCCUCCAUCUGCGUCCAGUUUCCUCUGGGUUCCCUUCUCCAGCCCCCAGCAGAUCUGGUCAGUCUCACCUCUGGGUGGGAGUGAUCAGGGGGCUCUGGCCCAGGAUUUCCAACCCUGGAAGGCAGUUCCAAGACAGCAAGAGAGUUGGGCGUCGGGUACGAACCUGGCAGCUCAGGAGUGGGCGCUCCACUCACCCCUCACAAAAAGAUGAAAAAACGCAAAGAACUUAAUGCAUUGAUCGGUCUGGCUGGUGACAGCCGGAGAAAGAAGCCCAAGAAAGGCCCAAGCAGCCACCGCCUGCUUCGCACUGAACCUCCUGACUCAGACUCUGAGUCCAGCUCAGAGGAAGAAGAAGAAUUUGGAGCAAUUGGAAAUCGCUCGCGUUUUGUCAAGGGAGACUACUUACGAUGCUGCAAGAUCUGCUACCCACUCUGUGCUUUUGUCAUCCUUGCUGCGUGUGUCGUGGCCUGUGUUGGCUUGGUGUGGAUGCAAGUGGCUCUCAAGGAGGAUCUGGAUGCCCUCAAGGAAAAAUUUAGAACGAUGGAAUCUAAUCAGAAAAGCUCAUUCCAGGAAAUCCCCAAAAUUAAUGAUGAACUUCUCAGCAAACAAAAACAACUUGAGAAGAUUGAAUCUGGGGAGCUGGGUUUGAGCCGAGUCUGGAUCAACAUCACAGAAAUGAAUAAGCAGAUUUCUUUGUUGAGUUCUGCAGUAAACCACCUGAAAGCCAAUGUCAAGUCUGCUGCAGAUUUACUUAGCCUGCCGAGCACUGUAGAGGGACUUCAGAAGAGCGUAGCUUCCAUUGGCAAUACUUUAAAUAGUGUCCAUCUUGCUGUGGAGGCGAUACAGAAAACUGUGGAUGAACAUAAGAAAACCUUGGAAUUACUGCAGAGCAGUAUGGAGACCAAUGGAAGCAACCAAAUCAUGCCACCAUCUUCACCUACAUCAGAACUUGAUGGGAAAACCCACAGGGAAAGUUCAAAACAGGAUAUCCUGUACCUUCACAACUCCUUAGAGGAGCUCAACAGUACUGUAAUGGGAUACCAGAGACAGAGCGACCUUAAAUUCGAGGGGAUGAAUGAGACACUCAGUAACCUGACACAGAGACUCAGCCUGAUAGAAAGUGAUGUGGUUGCACUGAGCAAGGCAGAAAAAAGAGCAAACCUGACCUCCAGCCUGAAAGAAGAUAAUUCAAAUUCUCAGGUGUCCAAGCUUCGAGAAAAACUGCAGCUGAUCAGUGCUCUCACAAACAAACCUGAAAGCAACAGGCCUCCAGAGACCGCAGAGGAAGAGCAAGUACAGAACUUCACAUCAGAUCCGUCAGCAUUGUCAAAAUUUUCACACCUUCUUGGAGACCAAAUUGAGACCCAGCUAAAACCUGUCUCCUUGCCAGGGAUUUCUAGCAUCAAAGAUCUUCAGGAUUUAUUCCACAAGGCUGGUCAAGAUGUGGAUGGGAUGCUGACCUACCAGGAAAUCUGGAAUUCCCUAGGUUCUGCCAUACCAAGACCAGAGAGCUUGAGAGCCUUUGACUCCAAUGGAGAUGGAAGAUACUCUUUCCAAGAGCUAAGGAUUGCUUUAGGUAUCUAGUAUCGUCAGGCAUAUUUUGAAAUGGAUGUGUACACUGGACUACCUAAAAUCUACUUACCUUAAAAAAAACAAAACUGACUUGUCCAUCAGCCCUGUAGCCCUCACACUACUGUAGCAGACACAUUGCCACCUUUUAACCUGUUUGAAAACUCUAUCAAAAAAAAGUUAUUUUUUUAAAAAAGAAAAUUUUACUUAUAAUAUGAUGUUUGGAAAUCUAUGAUUUCCUGAAGCCAGUAAGAUCUUGUAACUUAAAAGUUGCCAGGAGAAAAAUAAUAAAGCCCUCUAUCUCUUUCCUGUUUUUGAGGGGAAGAGAACUUAUCUUUUAAAGCUGGAAAGUGUGUAUAUAGAGAUAAUAAGUCACUGUUUAUAUUUCAUAUGAAUUUGCCUUAAAUUAGCUGCACUUUAUAGAGCCUCAGAAUAUGUCUUUUCUUUGAAAGAUGAGUCUUUUCUGUUUGUAAAUAUAUAAAAUGAGAGAGAGGUUGUGCAUAUUGUGUAGAAAGUCAGAAGAAUGGCUUUGAACGGGAUGAACAAUGACUUGUUAUAAGUAAUUGACAGUCUGCUCUGAGUGAAAGCUGAAACUGUUCACGUCUCUUUAAGGUAACCCUCAAAGCCUUGGUACCACCACAAGGUUUAUUUGGCCUGGGAGCUGGGGCAUCAGAUCCUGGAAGCUAUACAGAGGUUGUCAGCUCCAGGCUCAGGAAAGUCAGAUUCUGGGUCAUUGCUCCUAUUCCUAACAUAAAAACGAGAGAAGUCAUGUUGGGAUUUCCCUCAUCUUUAAUUAUCUUUCAGAAUUUAUGAGCAUAAAAGUUAAUCGGUGGGGAAUUAUGUUUUCCCCUCAAGCAAGCUAAAUUGUCUUCUCUGCCCACCCACUCAAGACCACCUUAAAGUGUUAACUGCCUCCCUCUGGCACUAUCUCCAGUCUGGAAUGAGAAGGCUCAUGUCCUUGGUCACUAUGUCAAAUUCAUUGUCCAGAGCAUUAGAGAAAAGCUCUAAGUUUUGACUUGGGAAACAACAUCCUUUGGGAAUUUACCUCUGUUUUACCUCUGGACUAACCGAGAACUUGUUUCUUGGCAGGAUGCCAAAAGCCAAAAUGUGGUCAAAUGAAAUGUGAAAUCAUAUUCUUUCCUCACAGUUGACCACUCAGAAGUAGCUAUAGGUUUUUCUGUCCAGAGGAUGCCACAGUGAGCAGGCAGGCUUGGAGCUGGGGCCUCCCGGUGAUGGUGGCAGUUUUUCCAGAUCUAAAAAGCAAGUAGAAUGCUUCCCCCUGUACGUACUUUGUGGGCAAGUCAUGAAAGUCUGAGCAGAAGGAAGUCACCAGUGUCACUGUAUGUUGAGAACACUCCCAGUGUUGUUCCUAGCAUCUCCGGGCAACAUGAGUGAAGACCACAUAGAACCUCACUUUGUGUACCAGUCAGGGAGACAGUGGAGAAGUUGUGAUGCGGACUUCUUUAAUACAGAUCAUUCCUAUCGAAUUCUGUUGGUGCCCUGUGAGCUCUGGGUAGUCUAGUACCCUUAAACCUUUAAAGAUGUUUGUUUUUGUAUUUUAUUUCCUUUACAUGACAUUUAGCUUGGUAUUGGCUUUUUUUCCCCCUAGACAUAAUUAAAACUCAGUGAAGGCAAGAUAAAGUUUUCCUGUGCAUGUGUCUUCUUACCUCACAUUUCUUCCUCUUUAAAUGUUUUGCCUUACCGUUUGCCUUGCCCAUCUAUGCUGUCGCUUUCUUGGAAAGGUUGAAAAUACACUUCAACAUUAUCCUGGCACUUUAGGUAACCUGAAGGUAACUCUUGGUCUGCCUGCCUUCUGUACUCUUCUCUUUAAUAUCUAGAUAUAUACCCUUACAGAUUUUGUAACAACCAAAUAAAGUUCUAGCAAUAAAUUGAA